AUGACGGAGAAAAAUACCGAUAGUAGGAACAGAGAGGAAAUCUCCUCCAUAACUGUUGUUAGACGCGCCAUAGUAUUCGUUACUUUGCUUUUUAUCGUGUUUCUCGGUGUACCAUUAUGGAAAUCUACAACAACAAUUCACAGAGCUGAAUUGCCAGCUGAUAAAGUAAAAGACUAUUCAAUGAACCUACAAAAUCAGAUUCAUUACAAUGUUCCCGUGUAUCUUGAUAUACCGAACUCAUUAGUUUGCUUCAUUCCACAAGCUCAAGAAUUGCUUAAUAAAUCUGUAUAUGAUGUCUAUCCGGAACUACAAGACUUUUGGGCAAUUGAACUAAGAAAGAUCGAUGAUAACAUAGAUGCUCAACAGGACUAUGUCGUCAAAUUUGAAUACUUGCCAAGUCCCGAUAAUGAAGAAGAACAAGAUCCAACUGAAUCGUUCUUCAUAUCUCCAUUCAGUAAAGAAACAAGGAUCACAAUUACUGAUAAUGUCGUCAGACCUAAGAAAGUUGAUGAGUUUUUAAGCAUAAUUUUAACCCAAUAUGUUUUUAAAGGUGAAAUUGAGGAAAUGAGUAGUAUAGUGAAAGGACAAAGCCAUGAUUCUAGAAAUUUAGUCAUGCCAUAUUCGUCUAAAUAUAAUAUUGUUAUUUCGUUAUUAAAUGAGAAUGGAAAGCCAAUAAAUUGGGAGAUUGAGAAGUCAUUGGAGUUAUUUGAAUCGAUCUUCGUCAAAUUGAAUCAUUUUGCUAACUUUACAGUAACUUCUCAAAUCCAAUACUAUUCUACAUUGACCUAUCCUCCAAGCUAUGAUGAAAACAAGAAAUCAUUUAUAAUUCCUGAGUCUGGCUUAUCAACAUUUGUGAAUUUUGGUGACUGGAAUUUAAUUACUCAUGAUAUCAAUCCUAGUAUUAACUUUAUAUUAUACUUUCCCGAAGCUAAUUAUGACUCCAAGCCUACGUUAAUUGAAAAUUCCAAGACCAAUUCAUUUUUAAUUCCACAAUGGGGUGGUGUUACUAUAUUCAAUAAAGAUAUGAAGAAACAAGGAUCUAAUAUCGAUGAAAGUGAAUUAUUACCCGUAAUGGAAACAUUUGCUUCGCAGCUAUUUCAAUUAUUAGGUAUGCCUUCUCUGCCUAAAUCACCAAAUAUCAAAAUUGAUUCAUUGUCCAGGACUAUGACGUAUAAAAAUUUGAAGCAGUCAUUGGAAAAUUUAGAAGCAUUAUUGACUUUAACCAAUUCAUUAAAUGAAAUUUCAAUACCCGAGUUGACAAGGUUGUACGUACAAAAAUCCAUAGAAUACUUAGAAGAAUCGAUACAAGAACUAAAUAAUGGCAACUUCUACUUAUCGAUGAAGCACAGUUCACAGAGUUUAGAGAAUUCUGAUAGAGCAUUCUUUGAAAAAGAAAUGGUACAACAAGCAUAUUUUCCAAGUGAACAUAAACUAGCAGUUUUCUUACCAUUAUUGGGACCGCUUUGCUCAAUUGUUUCAAUUGGAACCUUAAAGGCAAUAAAAGAUAUUAAAACUAACAGAAACCGUAAGGUUAAGAAAGAGUAG